UAUGGCAAUAUCUAGAAGAACAUUCUCAUUCUCCUUCAUCUGUCGACCCCCUUAUGCAAAAUCCUCUACCCACCUCGAACCCAAUAUAAAUAAGCUCCCAAUGAUCAUCGAAAACUAAUCAAAACUCGAAUCGUCAUCUCUCACAAGCUCAAAAGCUUUCCCUCUCACGAAUUCUCUUCACAUUUCGCGUUCCGUUGUUGAGAUAACAAGGGGCUAUCGAUUUUGAGCAGCUCGGCGCGUUUGACCAUCACUAACUUGUGCUUUUUGCCAAUGGAUAGAAUCAACAGGAUGGUGGCGGAGAGGCCGGUGGUGAUCUUCAGCCGGAGCACCUGCUGCAUGUGCCACACCGUCAAGAUGCUCUUAAGCGAGAGGGGGGUCAACCCGGUGGUUUACGAGGUGGACGAGAUGCCUCGGGGGAGGGAGAUAGAGCAGGCCCUCUCGAGGCUGGGCCGCAGCCCGCCCGUGCCCGCUGUGUUCAUCGGCGGCGAGCUGGUUGGGGGGACCAACGAGGUCAUGAGCCUCCACCUCAACCAGUCCUUGAUCCCGAGGCUUAUCCAAGCCGGAGCUAUCUGGGUCUGAUCGACUCAGCCAACCGCGCGGAGGCUACUAAUAAGUGUGAUUUCGAGCCACACGAGUUUUGAGGACUAUCACUUGUGCUACUAGUUGGGUUCACGACACUUUAUCUUUCGCUAUGUACUAGCUCCCAUAUGAUCUUAUCCUAAUUAAUCGCUUGCGAGCUUAUGUUUUGCUGUAACGAGUUCUCUUUUAGCUAAUAAAAUCGAGUUU